CCAGAGUGAAAUGCGCUCCAAUUGCCAACUGUCGUGAUUUUGAAGGCCUUCCUUCCUUCUCUUCCUCUUGUUCUUUUCUCCUUGUUUAUGCUCUCUCUUACAUAACUUAACUCUCCCUCCCGCCCAACUUCUCUUCUCCUUUAUUAACCCUCUUCUCCUUCACCAACACCACCAGCUUUCUCCCCUCUCCCUAACUCAACCCCUCUUUCGUUCGUCAAACCAUGCUCAAGACCACCAACCCUCCUCUGUUUCGCCAUUACGAGCAGGUUUCCCGCCUCUCGCCUUCCGACCACCAUCCUCUCCCCGCGGCCUCAGCAAUGGAAGAAUGCCAGCUGCCCCUGAUAGACCUCAGGGGUCUCGGCAGCCGCGACGAGAGGGAGAGAGCAGCUUGUGCGGCUGCAAUAUGCAGGGCCUCGUCGGAGUGGGGUUUCUUCCAGGUCGUCAACCACGGGAUCAACCCGGGGCUCGUUAGGAAGAUGAGGAGCGAGCAGUCCAGGCUGUUCCGACUGCCCUUCGACGACAAGGUCAGUGGCGGGCUGCUCAACAAUUCCUACAGAUGGGGUACGCCCACAGCUACCUGUCCCAAGCAGUUGUCAUGGUCCGAGGCUUUCCAUGUUCCUCUCUCCAAGGUCUCCCACAAGGACUGCUACGGAGACAACUUCACUUCUUUAAGGGAAGUGAUGGUGGAAUUCGCAGCAGCAAUGGCCGAGCUAGCUGGAACACUUGCAGGGGUCUUGGUUGAAAACUUAGGCCAUUCAAGGGGGGAUUUCGAAGACAUUUGUCAAGAAAGCAGUUGCUUUCUGCGCCUCAACCGAUACCCAGCCUGUCCAACUUCCCCAGAGGUCUUUGGCUUGGUGCCUCACACUGAUAGUGAUUUUCUCACCAUUCUGUCUCAAGAUGAAGUUGGGGGGCUUCAGCUCAUGAAGGAUUCCAGAUGGGUGGCUGUAAAACCUAAUCAAGAUGCACUCAUAGUCAAUAUUGGAGAUCUUUUCCAGGCAUGGAGCAACGACAUUUAUAAGAGUGUGGAGCACAAGGUUAUGGCCAACGCUAAGAUGGAAAGGUACUCUAUUGCCUACUUUUUGUGUCCUUCGUACGAGACAUCAAUCGGGAGUUGCAGAGAACCAUCCAAGUACAGGAAAUUCACUUUCGGAGAGUACAGGAGCCAGAUUCAAGAACAAGUCAAGAAAUAUGGCUAUAAGAUAGGCCUACCAAGCUUUCGGUUAUAGCACAGAAAAUCACAGACACCAUGUGCAAGCAGGCAGCUUCUACAUGGAAAAUAUAUGUAAAGAAGAACUCGAAAGCAAACAGUUCAGGGGCUAGCCUAAGUUACACAAGAACAAACAUCCACCCAAAUUUAACGGUCAUUGGUCACUGCAGAUGUCUAUACCUUAUCAACCUUUGACACACACUAGCCAAACUCCAAAAGUGAGGUGUAUAAUAUAGUAGAACAUAGCCAUAGAAUGUAACUUGGGUAAUAUGUAUGCAGUAUUUGUUGCAGCAAAUUGAUUCGUGUAGAGAAUAAUGUCAAUUAAGAUUAGAAUAAAUGAUACCAUCCUUUUCUUCCCUUCCACAUGCGCGAGCAAGAAAAAACAGAUAUCAAAACCACCCACACGUGGAUAUGGACAUGUGAAAGCAGAUUGUUGUAAGAUUGCCAUUGG